AUGACGCUCAGCCCCGCCUUCCGUUCGCAGAACGCCUUGGCCGCCUGGUCGCCCGACGGAGAAAUCCUCGCGACUGUGACAGAAAACCUCGUCCAGUCCGCGCUUUCUCCGUCGCAGAUCGUGACUGGAGCUGCGCGAUCAACGAGGGCCUUUUGCCGGUCGUCGCCGCUAGUUGGGCUCCAGAUUCUCUUCACGUACUCACUUUGUCGGACUGUGGGGUCGCGCGUUCAGCCCCAGCGGCAAAUUCUGGGCUGUCUGCACCAGCGCUUUGGUGUGUUUUCGGAGACAGCCGAAUGCGGCGAGGCCCGACAGUCUUUCUUCUCUGUUGUGGGAAAACCCUUUGCCGUGCACUCCCGCCUGCUGGUGUACCACGUCACCGGGGAAGUCCUCUUCAAGUUCGAGCCUCCGGCAGAACCUCUCGGAAUUCGGCAGCUGCAAAUGCAUGCAAAGGUCGGGCUCCUGAUCGCUUCGGGCUACGACGAAACGAUUCGCGUCUUCUCGCUGCUCGACUGGACGGAAGUUUUCCCCCCUCUACACCACAGAGAGAAGAUGCCCAUUGGUCCGCACGUGCUCGUCGUGAGAGAAGAACUGAAUGAAUGCCAGGAGCGUUCGCCGACCGGAAUCUCCGACCGUCUGGAAAGCCGCGAAACCGCGACCUGGGAGGCGCGAAGCCGCGCUCCUGUGGUGUACAGACAGCUGGGGCCGUCCCAGGAGACGAGGGACGGAACAGACGGCUCGGGCGAGGAGAACCAGCGCCCGUCCGAAGACUGGAGACCGAGACGCAAAAACGCGAGAAUGCAGGGCAGGGAGGAGACGGAGGCGGAGGGAGGAAAGAGCGAGGGAGAACGCGGGAAGGACGCGGAACCAGAGGAAAGAGAAAAAAACGAUCCUCGGAGAAACAGGGACAAGAAGACACCGAAACCGUUCAUCGCGCUCCCUACGGAGAAAAUUGCAGAUGUUCGUCUGGGAUCGCCUGAGCGGGACAGAAGAGGAGGUCCAGCACGGCCUCGGCUGAGAGAGGCGGGGUCGUGCGGCGUCGCGGUCGCUGUCCCCAGCCCAUGUGGGGCGUUCCUGGCUUCCCAGCACGCGAGGCAGCCUCGUGUGGUCUACGUUUGGUCUCUUCAAACGGGCGACCUCGUGAGCCUCGUCCUUCACCGCUCGCUGAUCUCUAGUUUCGCGUGGAAUCCGCACCCUGCCGCCUACGGCGACACCGCGUGUCGCGAGGCGUGA